CUCCCACUGCAGCUCCCAUUCCAGUUCCCACUCCAGUUCCCACUCCAGUUCCCACUCCAGCUCCCACUCCCUCAGUUCCCACUCUAGCUCCCAUUCCA